GCUGGCGGGUGCGGCGAGGCGGCCCCUUCGAGCGCGGUAGUUUGUUCCUUGAGGAGAGGGAGGACGCUUAGGCGCUCUCGGCCACCUUCCCUUCCCGGGGAGAUGUCCUUUGCUUCUCAGAUGUAAUGCACUUUAAGUUUGUUAUUCAACAGUGAAAAUGAGUCAUACAGAGGUUAAAUUAAAAAUACCUUUUGGAAAUAAAUUACUAGAUGCUGUUUGUUUGGUACCUAACAAGAGCUUAACAUAUGGAAUAAUACUUACACAUGGAGCGUCAGGAGAUAUGAACCUUCCUCAUUUGAUGUCAUUGGCAUCCCAUCUUGCAUCUCAUGGGUUUUUUUGCCUGAGAUUUACCUGUAAAGGCCUUAAUAUUGUACAUAGAAUUAAGGCAUAUAAAUCAGUUUUGAAUUACCUAAAGACCUCAGGAGAAUACAAACUGGCAGGUGUUUUCCUUGGUGGUCGUUCAAUGGGCUCAAGAGCAGCUGCUUCUGUAAUAUGCCAUAUUGAGCCAGAUGAUGCUGAUGAUUUUGUUCGAGGUCUCAUUUGUAUUUCUUACCCACUGCACCAUCCAAAGCAGCAACAUAAACUUAGAGAUGAAGAUCUCUAUCGUAUAAAAGAUCCUGUAUUGUUUGUGUGCUCAGCGGAUGAAAUGUGUGAAAAGAACUUGUUGGAGAAAGUGGCACAGAAAAUGCAAGCUCCCAAUAAAAUCCACUGGAUUGAGAAGGCAAAUCAUUCCAUGGCAGUGAAAGGACGAUCAACAAAUGAUGUUUUCAAAGAAAUAAAUACACAGAUUUUGUUUUGGAUCCAGGAAAUCACUGAAAUGGACAAGAGAUAAUUGUAUCUAGCUACAAACUACAUUAUUUUUAAUACAAAUACAGUUCAUUUGAUAAAGAACAGCAUACCUCUCAGCAUUUUGAGAUAUUUCAGAUGAAGUUAAUGUUCUUUAAUGUUUCCCCCAUUUUUAAAACACAUUUUAAUUGUGAAAUUAAUGUCCUUUAUAAAAUGUCUUUUGAAAGCACUGUUAUAGUUGUAUAAAGAUGAUGUACAAAUAUUGAAGUGGUCUAAAUAUAAUUUAUUUUCAUUAAUAUAGUUUAAGUUUUGAAAAAAAAUUAAACAUUUGAAU